GCUCAUUUCUGUCGAGCCACCUUGUGACCUGUUCAAUCGCAUUCUCUAUCUUCCUCCUGUCUCCAGAACCGAGUUUUGGCACUGGUCUGCACACUCCAAUAUUCCUUGAUAGUGUUCUUUCAGAAGCGUAUUCAUUGCUUAUGCAAAUCAGAGACAAAUAGAGGGAGGGAGCGAGAGAGAAAACAAGAGCAAGAGACAAAAACUCACAUGGAAAAAGCUAUUCACGGAAUGGAGCUCCUUGCAGCAAUGAACUGGGCGUAGAGAGCAACAGAGAGAGCAGGGAGAAAGGGGUAGUGCAGUGGGCGAGGGGGAGACUCAGAAGAGAGAAGGGGGAGAGACGGAGGAGAAGGAGAGAAAGAGAAAGGGUGACGGGGGGAGAGAGAGGAGAAGGAGAGAAAGAAAAAGGGCUAAGGCAGCUCGGGGGUGGAGAGAGGAGAAAAAGAGAAAGAGAAAGGGCGAGGGCUUGGGGGCGACGACACCUCGUGGGCAACGGGGAAAUGUGUUCUGUUCAACCCUGUUCUGAUGGUAGCUCAAGAGUACGGAACAAAACUCAACAGAAGAUAAUUAAUACCUUUUGUUCAAGCGUCCGUUGUGUUCAUCCUGGACUCCAAACAGUGUUUGAUCUUUCAGAUGAUAAGCAGUUCUUUAUUGAUCAUCCUGGUGCAGUUCCAAUUACUACUGCCCAGGGAGAAGAGCUCAAGAAGUUGAUCGGAGCACUUGCUUACAUAGAAUGUAGUUCGAAAACUCAGCAGAAUGUUAAGACAGUCUUUGAUGCUGCUAUCAAGGUGGUCAAAAAAAAAAAAAGAAGAAGAGAAAGGGGCAAAAACAGCAGGUGGACAUGUUAUAUUCGUAUUCUAUAUCUUUAUUUAGACAACUACAAGUUUUGACAUCUUCUGGCAACAGCUUUGUUCAGAAAAAUCACUUGGGAGUUUUUUAUUUGAUAGUGGUUUGUUUCUUGGUUAUAUUCCUCUCUGCUGCAUCACUAUGACAAUUUUUGCAUGGUUGCAUUGUCAUGCUGAACCAUUAAUCAGCUGGUGUUUUGUACAUGCUCUGGUGUUUGUCGUUUUCUUAAUUGGUAGGUGGUUUGGUGAUUAAUGUGUCGCUUUUCCAUAUUGUCAAAAGGCUGCUACGAGUAUGUGGAUGCACCCUCUCUUUUUUCUA